AUGCCUCAUCGAGAUAGUAUUAGUUCAUCGGCGAAGGUCAAGGAUGUCAAGAUACCUCGAAAAUCGUCCGAGGAGAUCAUGACACCGGGCAAAAAGCUAGAAAUCAAGAUAUUCUCACUAUAUCGCCAGGUCUGGUUUGGCAUCUUUCAAGUCAAUGACAGGCACGGCCCGAGCCACAUGAAGCGCCUAGCUGAGCUCUUUGCCGGCGCAGGAAUGUCUUCACUCAUCAAUAGGCCUGAUGAGAAAGUUAAAGACCACCACAAUAGUGGCUGGAGAAGAUGCAAACCGGUGGAUACUCGUUUUCUCCAGCCUCUGCGCGCAGCUCUGGAGAGUGGGCCGGAUGGGCUUGGGAGCCUGAGGCUAUUGGAUGGACUGUCAGUCGCCUCGCUGGAAGCAGUCAUCAAGCUGCUUGAAGCCUAUGUGAAGGAAAUUGAGAGUCUGAAUGCUCUCUACCAAUUACUUCGUGGGCUCCAAGUUGGGCUCCGGAUGCCAACGGAGGAAGAUGAAACAGUUGUUCUGGAGCAAUUUGUGCCUACGGCGGAUCAAUUUGCGAGACGAAUAUUACAUUUAGAGGCAGGGCUGGAUGUUCUUGUUUCCGAAUUGAAGGACGAAUUCUGGAAUAAGCAUGGUCCGGUUGAGGGACGGGAUGGAUGGUCUGUCCACGAUGUGCUGUUCCCACCGAUACCCCUCGAAAAGGCUGGGAAAAAAAUCAACCUCCUCCAGCAUUUUUAA